GAUGAACUAGACCCUAUGGAUCCUGCAGCUUAUUCUGAAGCACCAAGAGGUACAUGGAGCAGUGGUUUAGAUCAACGAGGCUCUGCUAAAACUGGUGUGGAUGCUACAGCAGCUGGUCCAUUAUUUCAACAGAGACCGUAUCCUAGUCCUGGAGCUGUUCUAAGAGCCAACAAACAAAUG